AUGGCUGAUCAACACCCAAAGAGACCUCUGCCCCAGGAUCACACUGUCCCUUCUCCAAAAGCUCCUAAGCUAGACUCUCCUUCUAAUUCUUCAAAGGUUGAACCAUCAACCACUUCAACUUCCGGGUUAUAUGCUGCUAAUGGUGCUUCAAACCAUCAACUUCAACAACAUCAACAACAUCAACAGACACUUCAACAACAGAAACUUCACCCUACCCAAACCAUUCCAUCACAUUCACAAGUAAACACUGCUCCUUCAAAAUCAUCUUCUUCAACUUCAACUCCUACUCCUGUUCCAAUUCCUACAACCACUAAUACUAAUACAAUUGAUGAUGAUGAUCAAAAUCAAAAUCAACCAUUUUCAAAAGCUUUAAAAAGAGGUAAAAUAAAAAGAAUAGAUGGUAAAUGGAUCUUACCCACAGUAACAAGAGAACAAACUUCAGAAGCUAGAAAAUUUCUAAAAAAACAAGGUGUUGAAGAAUUUUUAAAAUUAUAUUUACCAGAUUCUCCAAGAGGUUCAGAUAUUUUAUAUGCUGUUGUUAUAUUAGGUUUUUAUUCUGAAAAUUUUAAUGAUGAUAUUGAUGAUGAAAGAAAUUUAAUGAAGAUUGUUAAAUUAUUACAAAAAGCUAUGAAUAAAGUUUAUUCAAUGCGUACAAGAUUAGAUGAUAUACAUACUGUGGAACAUGCAUUGGAGAAAAUUUCAAAAGCUCAAAAAAUCUUAGUAUUAACAGGUGCUGGUAUUUCAACAAGUUUAGGUAUACCUGAUUUUAGAUCUUCAAAGGGGAUUUAUUCAAAAGUUCAACAUUUAGGAUUAACUGAUCCUCAAGAAGUUUUCGAUUUAGAAACUUUUAGAGAAGAUCCAACAAUUUUUUAUAGUGUUGCAAAUAUGAUUUUACCACCAUUAGAUUCUUAUACUCCAUUACAUGCAUUUAUUAAAAAUUUAAAUGAUCAAGGGAAAUUAUUAAGAAAUUAUACACAAAAUAUUGAUAAUUUAGAAUCAAAUGUUGGUAUUGAUCAAGAUAAAAUUAUUCAAUGUCAUGGAUCUUUCGCAACGGCAACAUGUCAAACAUGUCGUUGGAAUAUUGAUGGUUCCAAGAUAUUUAAAUAUAUUCGUGAUAUGGAAUUACCAAUUUGUCCACAUUGUUUUAAAGAACGUGAAAAAAAAUUAUCCAAGAAUGAUGAUUUUUAUCCAAGAAGUUAUGGUGUUAUGAAACCUGAUAUUACAUUUUUUGGUGAAGAUUUACCAUCAAAAUUCCAUAAUUCUAUAAAACAAGAUGUCUUAAAUUGUGAUUUAUUAAUUUGUAUUGGUACUUCAUUAAAAGUUGCACCAGUUUCUGAAAUUGUUAAUAUGAUCCCAGGUGAUGUUCCACAAAUACUGAUAAAUAAAGAUCUUGUUGAACAUAGUGAAUUUGAUGUCUCGUUAUUAGGUUAUUGUGACCAGGUUGCAACUUAUCUUUGUGAUAAAUUAGGUUGGAAAUUAAAUCAUAAAGAUUUUAAUAAAAUUUUAGAUUCUGAUUUAAAAUUAUUUCCCUUGGAUGAAGAUAUUGGAAUUUAUGAAAUUAAAGAUAAAUUUCAAAUUGAAAAGGAACAACAAACAAUAAAUAAAACGACACCUCCACCAACAACAACAAAAACUACAACCCCACCAGCACAAUAA